AUGGCCCCGAAGAGUGGCAGGGCGAAGGCUGGCGCCAAGGUCAAGCUGUCAGCCCUCACGCCGUCCGAGACGGAGCUGGCGGCGGCGAGGUCGCUGCGGGCAGGCGUCGACGAGAAGGCCAAGCGCGGCAAGAUGGCCAGCAUGGUCCACUUCCUGGAGAAGAAACCCGACCUGGUGCGCCAGAAGAACGCGACCUCGACAGAGACGGUCAAGGAGACCACGAGCAACCUCCAGCAGAAGAUCGCCCAGGUUCACUGGUGGUCGGCCGAUCGCAUGGACAGGGAAAUGGGGGCCGCCAAGGCGCAGCACUGGAGGGGCGGCGGCAAGAUCAAGAAUCGCCCAGAUCAGCUGACGGGCUCGACUGAGAAGGAUCACAUUGAAUGGUGCGUCCCUGUCAGCUGGGAGCAGCUCACGGAGUCAGAUCUUCGUGAGCUCGGGAUCGUCGUUGACAUGGAGGCCGACGCCGAGAGCCACGCCAACUUCCAGGCGGCGAAGGUGUUCGCCAACGAGAAGGACUUGUCCACGGACGGGACGAGCAGCGGGAGCGGCAUGAAGGAGCUCGCCGAGAAGGUUGCCAACUUCAAGUCGAACCUCCAGGCCGAGCUCCUCAAGUACCAGGACUACAAGCUGGACAUCCAGCUCAUGAUCACGAAGGCGCAGGCCGACCCCAAGAGCAAGUACGUUCAG